AUGUCACACCAACAACUGAAUGUCGAAAUAUCGGCUAUUGAUUUAAAAGACUUAAAGCUUUCAGACCCCUACACUAAACUACAGCUGCUAGAAUGUUUAAAAGCAUUCUUACAUAGCAUCCCCGGAGUGAACCACGUUAUUUAUCUUGUUGACCGUGGUGUUGAUAUAUCCAAGCAUUUAAAUGCAUCUUCAACAUUCUGUCUCGAUGAACUGCCUGCAAGUACAUCUAAUACAGAACAAGUGUUUUCAAUCAUUCAAUAUCCUCGUGGCUUGGCGUUUAAUUCAAUACUAAAGUCAAAUACGCUAGAAGCUAACGACCUAAAAUAUCAUAAUGUGGAGCUGCUGGAUGCAAAUCUCAAUUCCAUUGAUUUUAAAAGCCAAGCAAGUAUGGAGAGCUUAGCCUACGACUGCUUUCCCUUACUUUGUCCCUUUGCCAUAGCAUGCUUCAGUAUAUGUAUUCUAUAUAUAUUUUACAAGUUUAUCGCAUUAGUCUUAAAAUUCAAUAAGUCUGGAGAAAAGAGUAAAGGACCUUCGAAAUUUGAAAAAAGCCUUGGUACAGUCUGCAACAUUGCUUCGUUUUCAGGACUUUUUGAUUGUGUAUACUUUAUCUCGCUCUUGCUUACCGCUUACUACUAUAAUAGCAUAAAUUUCUAUGAUCAAGGUGUAAGUAUAUUUGUGAGGUAUUUCACAAACAGACUUGUCUUGGGGCUGCUAUCCUCAUACAUACUGCUAAACUUAAAAAGAAAGGAAUUUAGCUACAAGUGGUUUAUGAUAGGAUCAGGUGUGACGAUCCUGGCAAAAAUGUUCACCAUAGGGUAUCUAUCAAAAAUUUACAUACUCCUAAAUGUCAUCAAUACUGCUCAGAUCUCCAUUAUGGCCGGGAUUUCUGCAUUAUGCUACUUGCUUUACUUCGUUGGGUUUUUGAUUACUAACGGCAGGGACGAAAUACAGAGUAUGCGAAAGCUACCCUCUGCACAGAGAUAUGAGGAAAAUAAAAAAGAGGGGUUUGUUGAAGGAAUGUACAUGGAGAAUGCAGGCGUCAAGUAA